CAAUGGCAAAGGAAAGAGUGCACGGGAAUACGUUAACUUAAAAUUCGUACCUUGUGCCUUGUAGAAGCGGGAAUUGGAAAAAUUGGCUCAACGCACAAAGCAUGCUCAAGAAAUGGCUGCAAAGUUCAAACCUAACACACCAAUAUGGGCCAGAUGGAAAGGGGGUCCUUAUUUUGCUGGUACAAUUCAAUCAUGCACUAGCAACAAGCAGAGUUGUCGAAUAGCUUUUGCAGACGGUUACUCGCUUGCUGUACCUUGGAAAGACAUCCUUUUAGAAUCACCCGACAUUAAAUGUUAGUAUUGCCCAUAGGCUGUAGCUAUUCUUGUAACAUAAGUAUAAUAAGAAAUGUAGAAUUUCGAAGUAAAAGCUCCUCUGUACAUCAUUCAAACCUUCA